CAGAUUAAACGUCACGUCCGUACUUGAACUUGAAUUUUAUCCCAUUGUACAGAGGCAGACCCAGCCAUAGAGAGACAGAGAGCUCCCAGAGAACCAGGACUCCGCCAUCUUCACCAUUAAAUAGUCCUCUCCCCCCACCCCCUCUCCAGUGCCAGCCAAGUGGAGCAGUGCAAAGUGCUGGGCAGUGAAUUGCAGGGCAGUGCCAGGCUGACUGCAAGCAGGACCCACUCUCUCUCUCUCUCUCUCUCUCUCUCUCUGUCAGCCCCCCACAACCAGCAGGGCAGCUCCCCCCCUCUCUCUUCUGCAUUAUUCUUCUUUUUUUGGGGGGGCAUUCUUUUUUUUUUGGGCAAUCAUUUUUUUUAUUGCAUUUUUUUUUUUUUUUGCAUUGAUGGGAGAAGUGCCACUGCCGGGCACCGUGGACAUAACUGGAGUGGGCACAGUUGCCAGCCCCUAACUUAAGAAGAGACCCAGGUGGAGAAAGUGCUUUCCUUGGGGCUGAGCUGUGGGCACCGAGAUCUCUUUUUUUUUAUAUUGAAUUUUUUUUUAUUAUUAUUAUUUUUUUUUAUUAUUAUUUUUUUUUGCGUGUGUGUUAUUUGCAUUGAAGAAGAAAAAGCAGGAGGAGGAAGAAGAAGAAGAAGAGAAAGGAGAGAAGAGGACGAGGAGGAGGAGGAAGGAGCCCCGGUAGUCUCUGCAGAUCUCCGGGCGAUGCCACUGUAAAUGCCAAGGCAAUGUCCCGUCGCAAGCAAGGGAACCCACAGCACUUGUUACAGAGGGAGAUUAUCGCACCUGAGCAACACCAUGUUGAAACGGUGAUCACAGAUGACGACGACGGUCUCCACAUCCCAGAAACGGGGACCAUCAGCCUGUCCGGCGGCGGGACUGAGCCAGACUUGUUAACAUGUGGACAGUGUCAAAUGAAUUUCCCCCUGGGAGACAUCUUGGUUUUUAUAGAGCACAAGAGAAAACAGUGUGGGGGUCCGAGCGGAGGUUGCUAUGAAAAAAGCCUGGAUAAAAAUAGCCCCCAACCCCCAUCUCGCUCCGAGCUCAGGAAAGUGGCAGAGCCGGUGGAAAUCGGUAUCCAGGUCACGCCGGACGAGGAUGACCGUCUUCUCACGCCUACGAAAGGAAUUUGUCCGAAGCAGGAGAACAUUGCAGGUAAAGAUGAGCCUUCAAGCUAUAUUUGCACAACAUGUAAGCAGCCUUUUAACAGCGCCUGGUUCCUGCUUCAGCAUGCUCAGAACACACACGGAUUUCGCAUCUACUUGGAGACCAGCCCAACUAGCAGUUCCCUUACGCCCCGAAUUACUAUCCCCCCGCCUCUGGGUCCGGAGUCUGUUGCACCGUCCCCCCUGAUGAACUUCCUCGGAGACAGCAAUCCCUUUAACCUUUUACGAAUGACUGGACCCAUUCUGCGUGAUCAUCCAGGCUUCGCCGAGGCUAGGCUGCCAAACACCCCACCGCUCUUCAGCCCGCCCCCUCGCCAUCACCUGGACCCGCACCGCCUUAGUGCCGAAGAAAUGGGGUUAGUUGCCCAGCAUCCCAGUGCCUUUGACAGAGUUAUGCGUCUAAAUCCAAUGGCAAUUGAAUCUCCAGCAAUGGAUUUUUCCCGAAGGCUAAGAGAACUGGCAGGAAAUAAUUCCACUCCUCCUCCGGUAUCUCCAAAUCGCGGUAAUCCUAUGCAUCGCCUACUAAAUCCCUUUCAGCCGAGCCCUAAAUCCCCUUUUAUGAGUACUCCACCGUUACCGCCAAUGCCCCCAGCCAGUACCACACCACCACAAACCCAGGCUAAAAGCAAGUCCUGCGAGUUCUGCGGCAAGACAUUCAAGUUCCAGAGCAAUCUUAUAGUUCACCGCCGCAGCCACACGGGGGAGAAACCGUAUAAAUGUCAACUGUGCGAUCACGCAUGCUCGCAGGCAAGCAAGUUGAAACGCCACAUGAAAACUCAUAUGCACAAAGCCGGUUCAAUGACUGGCAGGUCUGACGACGGACUGUCAGCUACAAGUUCGCCAGAGCCGGGCACUAGCGAACUUACGGGAGAAGGAGGGAAAUCCAAUGAAACAGAUUUUAGGAAUGAAAGCGACCCUUCCUUAGGCCAUGACAAUGAAGAAGAAGAGGAAGAGGAAGAAGAAGAGGAGGAGGAACUGGAGAAUGAAAGUAGACCAGAGUCAAGCUUUAGUAUGGACUCAGAAAUAAGCCGCAAUCGAGAAAAUGGCGCUAAGGCUAUCCAUGACGAAAAGUCCCUCGUCCUUGGUAAAGUGAUGGAGAAUGUGAACAUGGGGAACAUGCAUCAGUACAAUGACAUGCUCAAUGACAAACAGAAGAGAAGUCACUUUAUGAAACGGUCUGAUCCAAGAGACUUAUGUCGGAGAAUUCCCGGUGAUGAAGAUGGGGUUGAAAGAGAAAUCAUCCGAAACGAAGAGGGGACAAUCAACGGAAGAAAUUUUGGCUCAGGUGAUCCCUUCCCAGGCCUGUUUCCUCGAAAACCAAUGCCCAUCUCCGGCUCUGGCCUAAACAACUCAUCGAAAAGGAUAAAAAUUGAGAAGGACUUAGAUUUACCACCAGCGACGAUAAUCCCUACAGAAAACGUUUACUCACAGUGGCUGGUUGGAUAUGCAGCAUCUCGGCACUUCAUGAAGGAUCCAUUCCUAGGAUUCUCAGACUCCCGACAAUCCCCCUUUGCAACGUCUUCUGAACACUCUUCAGAAAACGGAAGCCUGCGUUUCUCCACUCCACCAGGUGACAUGCUGGACGGGGGUCUCUCAGGGCGGAGUGGGACAGCCAGUGGGGGCAGUACACCUCACAUCAGCGGACCAGGCCCUGGUCGACCCAGCUCAAAAGAAGGGAGGAGGAGUGAUACAUGCGAGUUCUGUGGCAAAGUAUUUAAGAACUGCAGCAACCUCACUGUCCACCGUCGGAGCCACACUGGGGAGCGGCCUUACAAAUGCGAGCUCUGCAACUACGCAUGCGCACAAAGCAGCAAGCUGACGCGCCACAUGAAAACACAUGGCCAGAUAGGUAAGGAGGUGUACCGCUGUGACAUUUGCCAGAUGCCCUUCAGUGUUUACAGCACCCUGGAAAAACACAUGAAAAAGUGGCACGGAGAACACUUGCUGACAAAUGACGUGAAAAUUGAGCAGGCAGAAAGAAGCUAAGGCCCCUAUAUGGGUUAAAUCAAUUUAAUUUGUACAGAUUUAACUAUUGCCAACUGAGAAAAGCUGACCUAACCUGCCUUCUUAAGCAUAACUUAGCGUAAACAUGUUACGUGUCGCAAAGUGGCACUUAAAAUAUAACCUGUGUCUGCAGUUCUUUUAAACCUGAGGGUUGAAUAAGGCAGUAAAAAAAUUGUGGAGCCUUUUAACUGUGCAAUAAUUUCUGUAUUUAUUUGGGUUUUAUUUGUCAUUUUGGCAUGUGCAGGUACUUUUUUUUAUUUUAGCUGUUUUAAUUUUUUUCCAUUUUUUUUAAAAUUAUUAUUACUGUUUAUUUUUUUUAUUUUUUUUUAUGCGCAUCCUUGUUAAAAACCCUUUUGUGCUGCAGGGACCAGCAACUACCCCACCCAUCCCGUUAGUAGCCCCUUUUGUCGUAGUAGUGGAGAAUUGUAUCUUAAAUUAUCAUUUUGGGCUGCUACAUUUUUGGAAUUUAAGCUAAACCUAUGUAAUUUCUUGCAAAGAAGCCAUCAGCUAUUUUAUUUCAGUUGUUACUGGUUUCCCAUUUAUCUUGCCAUUUCUUAAUAGAUGGGGUCAGAGAUAUUUACACAGCGGAUUACAAUCUUUAAAAUCUUAGCACUUAAUUAUAUUGCAUAGUAGGGUCUCACGAGCAACAGAUAAAAUGCAAGCUAAAAUUUGAGUACCUUUAUACUUGAGAAUCUUGAGUGUGUACAUAUAAAAGUAAGGAAAGUAGCAUUAAACAAGAUCCCCCCCCUUUAUUUUCCAUUCAAUCCUUAACUUCCCAUAUACAGCAGGAGUACAGUGAGAGAGGCGUGCUUUUGUGUCAUGCUCCCCAGUCUGAUUGCAAUCUGCUAUAUAUAUAUAUAUGUAUUAAAAUAUAUAUAUAUACAUAAUAUUUUUUGCUGCUUAAGUGUCCUGCAACACCCGGCUCUAAGAGCAUUAGGUCACUCCAGCGAGCAAAUGACAAAAAAAUAAUAAUAAUAAUUUUUUAAAUUACAAAAUGAAAAAAAGCACUGUUAACCCUUUAAACACUGAAUACACCUGCAGUGUUUUGCAGUUCUCUCAGUGCUAAAAGGCUGAAGGGUCAUCUCUGCCGUUCAAUCUAUAACAUUAUGUCAUUGUCAUUGGUUGCUGAUUGCAUAUAUUGUGGACUAUGAAUUGAAAAUGUUAUUUAUUUUUAAAUAAUGAAAGUUCCAAUAAUGACACCUGCUUUUAAGAUCCUUCUUCCAUUUUUGUUUUCUUUUCUUUUUUCUUGGCGUGCACCAGGAGGACAGCAGAGAUCAAAAGGUUACCCAUUUUAAUUUUGUUGACCGCACUUUAAAACUUGAGUUUCUGUUUUUCCAUGGCUUCUGAACAAGAAAUUACAGCCUAUUCUCCUACGCAACCCGAUGGUGGGUUGAAACUCUAUAAGGGAACACCUGAGAUUAAGUGCCAGUGUUGCUAAGCAUGGCAUUCACAAUGCUGGCACUAUAAAAAGAUAUAUAUAUAUAAUUUAUUGGACGGUUUGUCUACUGCCAUUCGAUUUUUUUGUGAGUGCCUUGAAAACUGAUCUUCCUAUGUGAGUCUCUUGAGACAAAAAUGCAAAACAGUUUUUGUGAAACAAAAAAAAAGGACUUUAAAAAAAAAUAGUAAUACAAGAAAAGUACAUUUCUUUUACAAAAACAAACAAAAGCCACAUUUUACUUAUAAAAAAAAAAUUCUGGUUGACGAUAGUGGACACAAUAAUGCCAUAAGACCCAAUCUAACGAAGAUGUUUACUCAGCACAAGUUUGAACCUUCUCUAGCUGAUUUAUUGUCAGCCUUGUUUCUUUUCAGGACAACGCUGCUUAGAAAACGGAAUGAAAAUUAUUUACUGCUGAAUUGAAAAUGAAAUGACACAACUUACCAGUUAUCGUUGAAUGGGGAAAAAACAAUUCAGGAACAACGGCUAUUUUUUUUUUUAAUUAUUAUUAUUUCAACGUUAAAUUUAGUGCACUCUGUCUUAAAAUACGUUUACAGUAUUCAAUACGUACAAGGGUAAAAAAAAAGAAAAGAAAAAGAAAAUAAAUAACUGUGUGUAUGUGUGUUUGGACGAUCAUUUCUUUUUCAAAGUUUGCUUAAUAGGUUAUAAAAUGCCAUAAUGGACAUAUGUAUAUUGUUUAUUUUAUUUUUAUUUUAUUUUUUAUUUUAUUUUUUGGUGACGGGGUUUUAGUAUAUAUUAUAUAUAUUAAAAUUUCUUGAUUACUGUAAAAGUGGACCAGUAUUUGUAAUAAUGGAGAAUGCCUGGGCAUUUUACAAAACCAGAAAAAAAAAAUCCUUGAAAAAUGUUGCAGUAAAAAAAAAACUUAAAUGGUGGGUCUAUAACAUUGUUCUUGUCACUGUAAUUGUAAAGUCUGAGUUUUAGUACUUAUUUUCCUGCCUUGGGUGUUAUUUUUUUUUAUUUCAAACUGUAUAGAAACUUGUAUUUGGGGAUUAAAAGGUGAUUGCUACACCAGUAGAAAAAGUGAGUAGAAAAAAAGUGCUUAAUAUUGUUAUUGCUUUGCAGAAAAAAAAAAUACGUUUCUGAACUGUGCUUAAUUUUCUUCCCUCUCCCUCCCGCCCCUUCCCCCUUCUGGAAUGGUUAUUGAUAUUGAUUGGUUCACAUGAUGUAGGCACUUGCUGUAUUUUUACCGGAGCUUGUAAUUUUUUAACUGUACGCUUGUCCUUUUAAAAGGAUUAAAUGUACCUUUUUGUUAGUGAAUUUGAAAAAAAAUAAAAUAAAAAAAUAAACAGACUGCCAUAAUAUAUUUUUUUUUAAUUUGGCAGGAUAAAAUAUAAAAAAAAGGGAGAGAAAAAAAAAAAGAAAUUUGUAAUUUAAGUCCUUACUGUACAUAAAAUAAUAAAAAAAGAAGUUGUUUGUCAACUUCUGGGUAAUUCAAACAAAACAGCUUCAAUAUUUUGUUCACCGGUAAUUUUAGUUGUACAUUCUUUUUUUCCCAUGAUCAGCCUACAAAGUAAGUACUGUUCCUACAGGGAUGUAACAAACUCUACGGUGCCUGGACCUUGUAUCAAGGCCGCAGCAGGUAUUAACUAAUUGGUACUUAAUACCCAUGUAAAAUAAUAUCAAAGUUUUUGUAUAAAGACAGGAACAUUCCACAUACCUGUAAGGAUUCCAGGAAAGCCUCUUAUAGAGCGUUAUUCUCAAACCUUCCACCUUAUCCUUUUUCCCUAUAUGUUGUACUGAAAUAACACAAACUGGUUAAAUGAUAAUGCAGAAUCAAUUGUAUAAAUAUGUUUUAUGGUCCAGGCACAGCCAUCCCCUGUCAGAACAGGACCUAAUAUGAACCCCGGUCUUGCCAGCCCAUUAGUGUCUGCUUUGCUCGUCACUCCUUUUGUACAUUCCAUAAAACUCCUGAAUGUUUGAUGGGCUGAGAUGAAAUUCUGCUCCUUUCCCAUAAUACCGUAAUUCUGGGAACAUUAAAUUGCAACCUAGAUUCCAAAAUGUCCUCCUCGCAGACGCAGAUAAAAAGAAAUAUAAAAAAAUCAUGCCACAAAACAUUUAACAUCCUGGGAAGCAGUGCCUGAUGAAAAGCCCAUGGGGUUCUGGGUAAGAUACUACUUUGGGCCCCCGUGCCUCCUGCUGUUUGUCCAAGAUAAAAAAAAACAGGUAGCAAUGCUGGUCCCACUGGCCCUAGGCAGGAGCCUAGGUUGCGGAUUAAAUGAUCAAGCUCUACUAGAUACAUAAAUCAAGUCAUUAAGCUCUAAAGUAACGUUCUAUAUAAUGUAUAAACUUCACCAGCAAUUGCAUAGCCCCUUUAUGGCCAGCGUGUGUGCAUCACACUGUACACCUCAAUAGUAGAGUGUUCCUUUAGGUCAAAUACAUACAACAAGCACAAUUAUAACUUUUUGGGAUUACAAUUAAAUAAAUGACCCCAACCGCCAUGACCCCUGAGACCAAAACACAAGCACAAUCUGCAAGCUCCCGUUCCGUAGCGCUCUCCCUCUGUCUGAUUUUUUUAUUUCCUUUUUUUACGGUCAUCAGCAUUUCAUCCCAGCCCACGGUAAAAGACAGUCCGCCAUUUUGUGUAUUGCAGGCAGCCUCAUCAUAUUGGUGCUCUUUGUAUUUUCAGAACUGCAAAGCAAAAUUAAAUGUCAAUUAAGUUGUUUGCAUUUGUACGGCAAGGCAAAAUAUUUUUAUUACCUUUUUCUAUUAUUGUAUGAGCUUUUGUUGUUUUUGGAGGUUUUGUCUUUUACUACAAGUUUGAAACUAUUUAUUAUUGCUUGGUAUUUGCGCUCUGUUUGAAAAACGAGCACUUUUUUUUUUUUAUUAUUAUGGAUAAAAUGUUGGGAGGGCUAGAGGUCUUUCCAACAUGGCUAGGUAAAAUAUUUAUUGUUUCUUUAAUCUAUCUGUACAAGAGAAUAUGGUCUUUCUUUACCGUACUGUCUCAUUGUUGAGUUCAGCAUGUGUCUGCCAUUCCAUUUGUACGCUCGUUAAAACAAAGCUUGUUUCAGUUUUCAAGUUAUAAAAAAAGAAAAAUAAAUUGGACAUUAAACUUGAUAA